GGAGGGUGUCAAUUCCCUUCCAUCACUGCUUUGUGCGGGUGCAUGGGCCCCCCCAACAGGGACGGGCCAUGUGGCCUCUGGUCCUUGGGACAGGGGACGCUCUGCAGCCCUCAGAGCGAGGCCGCCACGCGGCUUGGAGUGUUUGAGAAGAUGGACCCGAUCUGGCUGAGAUUUGCCAUGUUCCACAAGGUCAGGAUUCCUCGCCAGGACCUGCUGAACCGCUCAGGAGAUAUCACCCCCGAGGGCACCUACGUCACCCAUGUUAAGGACGCCAGGCAGCACUUCAGCGAGUCCCUGGGCAGCCUGUCCUCCGGCCGGGUCGCCAUCGCGGGCAUGUCCGUCGUGAACCUAAAGCUGGCCGUGUCCAUAGCUCUGCGUUUCUCAGCCACCAGGCGUCAGUUUGGACCAACAGACGAGGAGGAAGUACCGGUGCUGGAGUAUCCGAUGCAGCAAUGGCGUUUACUUCCGUACCUGGCCGCGGCCUAUGCCUUGGACCACUUUUCCAAAUCUCUCUUCCUGGAUCUGGUGGAGCUUCAGCAAGGCCUUCUGGGGAAAGACCGGAGCGCCAGGCAGGCAGAGCUGGGACGCGAGAUCCACGCCUUGGCGUCGGCCGGCAAGCCCCUGGCCUCGUGGACGGCCCAGCGCGGAAUCCAGGAGUGCCGGGAGGCGUGUGGAGGACACGGCUAUCUGGCCAUGAACCGUCUGGGAGACCUCAGAGAUGACAACGACCCGAACUGCACGUACGAAGGCGACAACAGCGUCUUGCUGCAGCAGACCAGCAACUACCUGCUUGGCCUGCUGGUGCGCCGGGACCAAGGCGGUGCCCGCAUCGAGAGCCCGCUGAAGACCGUGGACUUUCUGGAAGCCUAUCCCAACCUCCUUGGCCACAGGUUCGAGGGUUCCAGCCCUGAGGACUGCUUGGACUCCUCAGUCCCACUGGCGGCAUACGAGUGGUUGGUCUGUUACCUGCUCCGCGAGAGUUAUCAGAAAUUAAAUCAAGAGAAACAAUCGGGAAGCAACGACUUUGAAGCAAGAAACAACUGUCAGGUGUACUGCUGCCGCCCCUUGGCCCUGGCAUUCCUGGAGCUCACGGUCGUGCGGAGGUUCCACGAGCACGUGCACCAGCCCGACGUGCCGUCCCCGCUGCGGGCUGUGCUUGGGCGGCUCAGCGCUCUCUACGCCCUGUGGUCCCUGAACCAGCACACGGCCCUGCUUUACCGAGGUGGCUACUUUUCUGGUGAACAAGCAGGUAAAACGGUAGAGAAUGCCAUCCUGGCCCUGUGUGCCCAGCUGAAAGACGAUGCUGUUGCCCUGGUUGAUGUGAUCGCCCCUCCUGACUCCAUCCUGAACUCACCGAUUGGCAGAGCUGACGGCGAGCUCUAUAAAAACCUCUGGAGCGCUGUGCUUCAGGAAAGCAAGGUGCUAGAGAGGGCAUCGUGGUGGUCGGAAUUCUCUGCCAACAAGCCCGUCAUAGGAAGUUUGAAAUCCAAGCUGUAGUCGCACUGGCUAACUAUGAUGAAGCCGUGAAGACGUGGACCUCGAGUUCAAGUUCUGGAGGCCCCAGAGAUGGCUGCCGCUCUCCAAACCCACAGCUCUGCCCUUGCCCGGCUGCUCGUCCUGUGGAGCCCAAGGCGGGACUGGCUCAUCCUGGCCUGCCCCCCACCCCGAGUCCCAGCAGGAUGGGUAACGCCCGAAGGGCAGGGCUGAUUUGGGUCCAUCCUGAUUUGCUGGGUGAAAAGAAAACCUGUAAGAUCAUUUCUUCCUGAUGGACUGAGCACUUGUUGAUAAUUAGAGCUUUGGACGUUCUGUUUUCAUAUGCUGAUUGUGAAACGGGUCGUUGGUGGUUCGGGUCGGGCAAUAUUCUACCUUCGUCUGAGAUUUCUUACAAGGCUGUGCUUCACCGCGCCCUGUACGAUGCCAGUCUGAUUCUUCGUUCACUCUGGUUUGACUUUCUCAUGUAAUUAAAUUAUAACCUUACUAAUUUGCACCAUGGACCACCCGAAUGACAUAGUUGAAGAUUUUGCAGGAAAAGAAAAUCAGUUGUAUUACUUUGUUGUGUGGAACUGGAAACUUCCAUCAAAGAAAUGUUUCCAAAGGAAAAGAAAUGCAUAAUGAUUUGAA